AUGCCCUCAACUCCAUGCAUGCAGGGGAGCCACCACACGGCUGCCUGUCCCGUCUGCAGAGGGCCCCUGCGUGAUGCGGUGACCCCCAGCUGUGGACACGCUUGCUGCCGGCUCUGCCUCCCUCCGUCGGCCCAGAUGGGGGCCCAGCCAAGCAAGUUCCUGCUCUGCCCCUUGUGCCAGGAGGAGGAGGAGGAGGAGCAGACAGACCCCAGGCAGGCCCCAGUACCCCUGGGCCCUCUGGGGGAGACUUACUGUGAGGAGCAUGGGGAGAAGAUCUACUUCUUCUGUGAGAAUGAUGCUGAGCUCCUCUGCGUGUUCUGCCGGGAGGGAGCCUCCCAUCAGGCCCACACCGUGGGCUUCCUCGAUGAGGCCAUUCAGCCCUACCGGGAUCGUCUCAGGAGUCGACUAGAAUCUCUGAUCAUGGAGCGGGACAAGAUAGAAGACAUAAAGUGUCAAGAAAACCAGAAGAUCCAAGUGCUUCUGACUCAGAUGGAAAGCAAGAAGCAACAGGUAGAAGCAGCCUUUGAGAGGCUGCAGCAGGAUCUGGAGAACCAGCGGCAUUUCCUGCUGGUCAGGCUGAGGGAGCUGGAGCAGGAGAUCUGGAAAGAGAGGAAUGACUACAUCGCAAAGGUCUCUGAGGAAGUCGACAGGCUUGGCGCUCAGGUAGAGGAGCUGGAGGAGAAGUGUCGGCAGCCAGCAAGUGAGCUUCUGCAAGAUGUCAGAGUCAACCAGAGCAGGUGUGAAAUGAAGACUUUUGUUAGUCCAGAUGCUAUCUCUUCUGACCUUAUUAAGAAGAUCCGAGACAUCCACAGGAUAACACUCACCCUUCCAGAGAUGAUGAGGACGUUUUCAGAAACCCUGGUGCAUCACCUGGAAACAGACUCAGGGAUCAUCACUCUGGACCCAGAGACGGCCAGCCCGAGCCUGGUCCUCUCUGAGGACAGAAAAUCCGUGAGAUACACGCGGCAGAGGCGGAAGCUGCCCGACAGCGCCCUGCGCUUCGACGGCCUCCCGGCGGUCCUGGGGCGCCCGGGCUUCACGUCGGGGCGCCACCGCUGGCAGGUGGAGGUGCAGCUGGGCGAGGGCGGCGGCUGCACGGUGGGGGUGGCGGCCGAGGAGGCGAGGAGGAAGGGCGAGAUGGAGCUGAGCGCCGACCAGGGCAUCUGGGCCGUGGUCAUCUCGCACCACCAGUGCUGGGCCAGCACCUCGCCCGGCACCGACCUGACGCUGAGCAGCAUCCCGGGCCGCGUGGACGUCACCCUGGACUACGAGGAGGGCCUCGUGAGCCUCCUCGACGCCGACACCCAGGCGCCCCUCUUCACCUUCACCGCCUCCUUCUGCACCACCGUCUUCCCCUUCUUCGCCGUCUGGAAAAAGGGCUCCCGCCUCACCCUGAAAGGCUGA